CGGGACAUGUCGAGACAAGUCGCUUGUUGCCCAUGAAACCAUUAGAGCAUCAACACGACCCAACCUGACUGUGUUCAAUAAGUGUCGGGCUUGCCUCCGUGUAUUUAUUUUCACCAGCUCAUAAGCAAUUCUCAACAGAUAAGACCAACGACUAGCCUGGUGCACAGCUGAACUAGUCUCCGAGGCAUACGUAGAACAGCCAGAGUACUUAGACCCGCCUUCCAAACUACUUUCACCAAACACAUCUCGCACAUCUAGGAUACCCCUUAAACCUCUCUACCAUGUUUUCUCUAAAUACUACAGCGACGCUUCGCAACGUGACACAUCUCCCGCGCUCGAUAAGCUAUGCACAAGCUGUGGAACAGCUUCACAACCACGAACUGCUCAUUCGUCUCGACCCCGAAUAUGCCUCGCACGAGACCCUGCCUUCAGACCCGGCUACACCGGAGGCUAAAAUAUAUAAGAUCACGGAUCAUAUGAACGCGCUUCCAGCUGGGCUGUGGGAUACAAAAGUGACAUUUGAAGCACAUAUGACAGAUCUGGACGAUGGAAUAUUGUGGUUCAUCAAGGCACCACUGGGACUGACGCAGAAGACUACCUGGAGGUGCUUGAGGACGGAGAGUUUAGAAGGGGACAGAGGAGCCAAUGAGGAAGAGGGAGAGUGGAGCUUAGUCGAGGAUGUGGAGAUCAAGGCGAACCGGAUGCUGGUGAACACGGUCAAAGGGAAAUGCGAGGAUAAUUGGCGAGGCACACAUAGCAGGUUUUUGGCGCAGUUGAAGGAGAAGAUCGGUGCAGCGUAGGGUUUAGUUAGUUUUACCAGUGUAUGUAUGUAGUAAGUAGAUCUGCACGCCGAUAUUCCACCAGAAACCAGCCGUUAUAACCAACG